UUAGUGUGUGUGGGGGAGUGUGAAAGGAAAGAAACAAGAAAUACAACAAUAACCGAUUCUAAUGAUCUUAAAUUGGACACUCAAAAUGAACAAAUAAUUCUGGUUUAUCUUCUCCCACUUUUGCAGUUUACAAAACAAAGUGUAACAAACACCUUGGCACAAACAAACAUACACAAAAGAGCAGCAGGAAGAGAAUAUUUGUAACUAAUUAAUGAAUUAUACAGACACUGCAGUAUAGAAUGUUAAUUAUAAAAAAUAAGCUAUCAGGAUCUUCAUUCUUUUUUAAAAACACAAAAUAAGAAGGUGUAAUAACACAAAAUUAAUAAUACAAAAAAUACAAAAAAAAUAGUGUUGCCUUCAUGUUCUGAAAACAAUAAAGCAUUGAGGAAAAACAGAGAGAACUCUUUUAAUAAAGGGCUUCAUCAGAACAUACACAGAGUUGGGCUGACUUCGGGCUAUAUUAGGAAGAAGUAGCAUUUGAGCAUGACUUCACAACCUUGAGAAUGUCCUUUCUGGUAUAAUUUUGGUAGCUGAUCAUGUGAGCAGUAUGUGCACAUGUUUGUACAUAAACACCAUAUUAAGACAUAUAAGACAUGGGCAAUAGUUUUUCAUUCUAUUGUUAUUUUGAAAGCAUACUCAUGAUUUUCUUUCAAGAUAUAUGUUCAUAUGAAAAGUCAACAAAUUAUUACUAGACUGACAUUCAACUUACUCCUAUAUUUGUUGUUGUUUCCAUUUAAAAUAACAAGAAACAUUAGGAAAAUGAAAAAAAAAAGCUAUUGCUUCAUGAUUUAGAAAUCUCCUGCACUUCUGUAAAAAGAUUAAUUUUUAGUUAUACUAUAUGUACAAACACAAAAAUGGAAGAGAAAUAUGAAGCAUUUCUGUACUUCUGUAACUUCUCAUCUAAGAACAGGCAGUUUCUAGCUAAUUUUAAGACAUCCAGCACUUAAACAAAUAAAUACUAUUAGUUUUUAAUACAUUAUAUUUAAGAUUUUGUUUUAACUUCUCACAAAACUCACAUAUACACAGAUUCAUCCAUUCUUUCUUCGGGACAGACUCUGAAUAAAACCAGCUAAGUUCUCAUCGAACAAGUUUCUUUCCUGUAUGACGGCAAAAUAAGAUUAUUGCUGAAACUGGCUGCCUGUUCUUUAUAUUUUAUUGACGCAGGUCAAGCCUUACCACGAGUGCUUACAGAAAUCCCAUUAUUUAAGCUUUUGGCUGUUAACACACUCUAGUGUUUGUCAGUGGUGCCAGAGCCGGCUGUCGCGCAGGGCUGGAGGUGCUCGCUCUCCCCACUGCCUGUUCUGCACUGAGGUGCAGCUCCAGGGGCUGCUCUUGUUGGUGACACACAAACACAGAGUUUCUGUGGUGAUAUCACCUCGGGAGCAAUGGGAAAAGUGGCCCAAAUCUGGGGUUUUCAGCACACUUUCUGUAGGCGGUGGCCGCGCUUAUUCCGUAUAAGAAGUGUGCGCAAUGCUUUAGGUGUCCCGAAAGGCAAUUUAUCUUCAUUCUUGACUCUUCACCAAACACUGAUCUGAAAGCCUGUUCUUUCCCCUGUAAAAGGCAUUUUCCUUAUGGAAAUCUUCUAAAUGAGCAAAGUUUUGGGAUUGUUUCCCAUCUCUGUAAAUCUGACCACAGGGGUCUCUUGAAAGAGAAUUGCUAAGAAUUUCCAACUGGACUAUGUAAUCACAGCUCCUGGUAUCAAGAGGAGGGGGAGUGACAUGAAAUCACUGACUUGUGACAUACAUUCCUCAGCAACAGCAGCUGCUGCCUAAUGACAGCUAAUAAAGGGAAUCUUCCCUUGACAGAGCUGCAUGCCUGCAGUGGGACUGGAAUGUGCCCAAGAUAAACCCACUGAUAACCUAGGAAGCAGGGAUCGCCCAAAGAGUAUAAAAGACGAGCUUCAGAAGGGACACAACACCACGAGGAAGAAAGAGACUUGAAGGGACAUCUCAGAAGAAACAGCUUGAACUUCCCAACUCCCAACGAGCUCGGCGCCAUGGACACUAAAGGCUCAUUUUCCUAUGGCUUCCUCUUGCUGCUGCUCAUCCAGCUCCAGCCCUGCAGAGCCAACCCCAUCUACAGCCUCAGCCCUGCCAAAGAACUGGCCAGCAUGGAGGCCCUGCUGGAAAGACUGGAGGACAAGUUUGCCAUGAUGGAAGCCCUGGAGUCCAAUCCUGACCUGCAGGAACCCAAAGCCCAGGAGGAGAUCCUGCCGGAACUCAGCGACGACGGCGACAGCCAGAAGGCUGAAGCCAGGCUGGCACCCAACACCCCCCUGUCCUACAGGGAGCCCCUCCUCAAGAGACUGAGGGGGCUGCAGGUGCCCAGGAUGAUGAGGGAUUCUGGCUGUUUUGGGAGGAGGAUUGACAGGAUCGGCUCCCUCAGUGGGAUGGGCUGCAAUGGUGAGUCCUGGCUGAGCCAUUUCACCGAACAGCACCGAUUGUGUCCGCGCCAUGGGAGGGAGCAGCUUCUCAUUUAAAUCUUUAAAACAAUUCCAUUCUGAAACUAAUUUGAGCCCAGUAUUUAAGCUAGUAUUGUUUUUUCAAAAGCAUUGCUGACAAUAGUGAUACCAAGACAAGAACAGAUUCUAAUAACAUCUAUUUCAUGUUUGGUUUGCAGGCUACCGGAGGAAUUAGGAUCAGCCUCCCUAGAACCUGCUCUGAAGAAUGCUUUACAGUACCCCUUCCUCCCAAGAUGAAAGCCAGAUGCUUUCCAAGCUCCUCAACAGAAAGUUAUUCCUAUUUUUAUUUAUUUAUUUAUUUAUUUAUUUGAUGUUUUUUAAAGAACAUUUCUUACGUUAGCACUGCCAGACCAUCUUUAAAUAAAACUAACACGUUAGACAUCUGUGCUGGACCUCUCUCCUGUCUGUUGCAUUAAAUUUUCUUGUAUUUGCCUAAAGUCAAAAUCUUAAGUUUUAUUGAUAUUCUGGUACCCACAAGCCUGGAUCUUACUUACAUGAGACAGAGAAAACUUGGUAAAAAUGAAAAUGAGUUUUUGACUAGAGGCUUUUCCUCUGCAGUAAGAAAUGCUAACAGGUUAGCAGGAAAAAAAAAAAAACUUGCUUAAAAUUGAAAGAUCAUCAUGAGUCCUCCUAUAGACAGGGUUUCAGUGAUAAGAGAGUCCUUUUGCUGGUUUAAAUUAUUCAGUCAUGGGAACUGCCACAAAUGCCUCGAGUAAGCCAAAGAAAAGAAAAUAAAUAAAGAAAAGAAAUACAUGAAAAGAAAUAAAUAAAACCACGACACUCCACAAGUUUCAAGAUAACCAGAGGGAGGAAAGGGAAUUCAUUGUAUAUGCUUUCUAGCAGUGACCCAAUAAAGGUUACGAGCAUCAACACAAA